GUCUUUUCUGCAGCACAGGCAACGCACAGCUCCACGGAAGAAAACAAAGAGAAAAAGCCACAUUAGACACCAGAGACUGACAGUGAACCCCAGUCACCAUGACCCGCUGCAGAGUGAACCUCCGCACUGUGCUUUUCCUGGUGAUCCUGCAGGGGGCAGCAGUGGUGCUGCUUUCUAGGUGGUAUGUCCAGCUCAGUCCCUGCAGCUCUGCCCCCUCCAACAACAAAGUUCAUGUCCUGCUGCUGUCGUCGUGGCGAUCCGGCUCAUCCUUCCUGGGUCAGGUGUUCAGUCAGCACCCAUCUGUCUUCUAUCUUAUGGAACCCGCUUGGCACGUGUGGACCACACUGCAUAAACCCAGUGCACGGGCACUUCAAAUGGCUGUGAGAGAUAUGUUGCGGAGCAUAUUCCAGUGUGACUUCUCAGUGAUGGAGGCCUACCUGCCAGACCACUACAAUGCUUCCUCCUUGUUCAUGUGGAGUUACAGUAGAGCACUGUGCUCACCACCAGCCUGUCCUCUCACACCACACAACCAGUUCAGCAACCAGACCUUGUGCUACAAGACAUGUGAUGCUAGGGGCCUGCAGGGGGUGGAGAAGGCCUGUGGCACUUACAGUCACGUGGUGAUAAAAGAAGUGCGGCUUCUUGAGCUGGAGUCUCUCUAUCCACUUUUGCAGGACCCAAGUCUAGAUCUCCGCAUCAUCCAUUUGGUCCGAGACCCGAGGGCUGUGAUACAGUCUAGGGAGGAGGUAUCC